AUGGCCGACCUCUCUUCGCUGCUGGGUGCGCAGCGCGCCCCCGACGCGGCGCGCAGCCAUGAAGUCAAGCCAGAGGACGGUUCGUGGAAGGCAUCGCUGUACGUCGGCGAGUCGUACCAGGGCGAGAAGCCGUCGACGUGGGACGCCGACGCGCCGCGUCUCGCAGCGCCUCGCGUCUCGCUCGCGGUGAGCACGGACCUGAAGCAAUGGAACUACCGCUACAUGUUUGAAAAGAAAGGCGAGCGCAGUCUCGAACUCGACAACCGCCUCGACGACCUCGCCGAGGUGAUCCGGCAGUCGUUUGGCGUCGCCGAGCUCGAGGACCCGUCGAUCCCCUCGCAGGAGAGCAUCUACUCGGUCGGCCGCAUCUGUGCGCGCCUCGAUCCGAAUGCCAAGCAAGAGUCGAACGCGGGCCCCGCGCGCCUGAGCGCGGCGGACCUCAUGCUCGAGUCGAGCCGCAUGCUCGGCAACGGCCAGCGCAUCCCCCUUGCGCUCGACCCGUCGUGCCGCGUGCGGUACGCGUGGGCGGACGACGCGGUACAGAGCACCAACAUUGUCGGUCUCUUUCCGGGCAUGGUUGUCGGCGUGAAAGGGCGCAACGGCAGCGGCAGCAAGUUUGUCGCCGAGGAGCUCCUCAUUCCCCCUGCCCUGCCGCACCCUGCGACGAGCCGUGCGGAGCUCGUGCAGCACCAGUACGACGAGAACAAGCUGGGCGGCAAGCCCCUGCGUGUCGUCGCCGCGUCAGGGCCGUACACGGACGCGGCGGACCUCGCCUUCCGCCCGUGGCACGCGUUCAUGAGCCUCAUCGAGGCCGAGCAGCCCGACGUGCUCGUGCUCAUGGGCCCUUUUCUCAGCGCGUCGCACGAAAAGGUCGCGACCGGCGACCUGGACGCGAUGCCGACCGACAUCUUUCGGCAGCACAUUGGCCAGCGUCUCACGCGGCUCCUGGAGCGGGCCCCGGGCACGAUGGCGAUCCUCGUGCCGAGCACUGAAGACGUGUUCCACACGCACCACGCGUUCCCCCAGCCGUUCCUCGAUAAGACCAACGCGGCGCUCGGACUGCCGAAGCGCGUGCGGUGCCUGCCGAAUCCGAGCGUCUUUUACAUCAACGAGCUCGCGAUUGGCGUGAGCACCGCCGACGUGCUGGGUGAUCUGCGGCGCGAGGAGCUCGUGCAGCGUGUGCAGGCUGACGAGAAAGCGCCGUCAUCUGCCGAUGCGCGCGACCCCAUGAUGCGCCUUGCGCGGCACGUCCUGGGCCAGCGGAGCUUUUACCCCAUCUUUCCGCCGUCGAGCGCGUCGAUGCUCCCUCUGGACCUGUCGCACUCGCGUCUCUGUGGCCUGGACCAGGUGACGCCCGACCUGCUGCUGCUCCCGUCGGCGCGCGUCAAGCCUUUCCUGCGUGUGGUCGACUCGACGAUGGUCGUCAACCCCGGCGCGCUGGCCUCGCCGGCGCCCGCGGGCACGCCGAAAGCGGCCGGGAAUCUGCCGUCGUUUGUGCGCAUGCAGGUCGACGCCAUGCCUCGCGACACGCUCUUCCAGGGCGAGGAGGCGAGUCAGGAGCUAAUUACGCACGAACUCUAUAGCCGUGCACGCAUCGAUCUCGUGCACACGUCGUAG